CUUUAGUUGAUAGAUAGCCAGCAGUCCAUGUCCCGCAGAAAGAGAGAGAGAGAAUGGACUUCUUGCUGUUGAUUUUGGGGCUGUGCCUCUCCUGGGGGUUGCUCCAAGCCCUCGUCUACAUUGCAAACAGAGGUAAAUCGAACAAAGUUGGGAAGCUGCCGCCAGGUCCGAGGCCGCUCCCGGUGAUCGGGAACCUACUCGAGCUCGGUUCCCUACCCCACAGGUCCCUCGCCAAGCUUGCUAGUGCCCAUGGUCCCAUCAUGAGCCUGAAGCUGGGCCGCAUCACCACUGUGGUCAUCUCCUCAUCCUCGAUGGCACGAGAGAUCCUCCAGACCCAUGAUGUCACCUUCUGCAACCGCAUGAGCCCCGAUAGUGUAACAGCUGUCCGCCACGAUGAGCUCGGGUUGCCUUGGAUCCCGGUUGCUCCGCUCUGGAGGAACCUCCGCCGGAUAUGCAACGUGCACCUCUUUGCGCUCAAGACGAUCGACUCAAGCCAACACCUCCGCCACCGAAAAAUCCAGGAACUGCUGGCUUACAUCGGGAAGUGCAGUGAGACGAGAAGCUCGGUGGGCAUUGGCGAGGCGGGAUUCUCGACUACGCUUAACCUUCUUGGAAACACGACCCUCUCCAUGGACCUGGCAGACCCCACAUCGGAGUCGGCCAAGGAGUUCAAGGAGUUAGUGUGGCAGAUAAUGGCAGAGGUAGGAAAGCCGAAUCUGGCGGACUACUUCCCAGUGCUCAGGAGGAUGGACCCGCAGGGUGUGAGGCGGAGGACGACUGGUUACAACUGGCGCAUGUUCGAUGUUUUCGAUAGGAUCAUCAAUGACAGGCUGCAGGUCAGGGAGGUCCCUGGCUCCGUCAGGAAGUAUGAUAUGUUGGAUACUCUGCUUGACCUCGUUGAAGAUAAAAAGGAGGGCAUGGAUCUGUUUCUAAUGAAGCACCUGUUCCUCGAUCUGUUUAGUGCGGGGACUGAUACCACUUCAAGCACGUUGGAGUGGGCGAUGGCUGAGCUGCUUCGCAAUCCUGAGAAGUUAUCGAAAGCGCAAGCCGAGCUCGAACAGGUGAUGGGCAGGGGCAACCCUAUCGAGGAAUCGGACAUUGAUCGACUACCGUAUUUACAGGCAACGGUGAAGGAGACCUUCCGAAUGCACCCAGCAGCCCCACUGCUGCUCCCUCGUAGGGCCGGAGCCACCGUGCAGGUUGGCGGCUACACCAUCCCUGAGGGCGCACAAGUCCUGGUCAAUGUCUGGGCCAUAGGCAGGAACCUGGCCUCGUGGAAGAACCCAGACGAAUUUAUUCCAGAGAGAUUCUUGGGACUAGACGUCGAUGUCAAGGGGCAGAACUUCGAGCUCUUGCCGUUUGGCGGAGGGCGGAGAAUAUGCCCAGGCCUACAAUUGGCCAUGAGAAUGUUGCACCUGAUGCUUGGAUCGCUCCUUAACUCUUUUGAUUGGAAGCUCGAAGACGGGGUUACUCCAGAAACAAUGGAAAUGGGGGAUAAGUUCGGGAUCACAUUACAAAAGGCACAACCUCUCCGAGCCGUGCCUUUGCCGAUCAAGAAAUAAAUUUUAGAUUGAGUAUUUUUAUUUUUUUUUUAAAAAGAGACUCAUGUGCCUAGUAGUAUGAAAUAAAAAUUAUAAUAAUUAAUAAAAGAGCAUAAAUAGUUCUGCAUUACAUCAUC